CUUCUCCACUCACUAGCGGUUUGGCACUCACCCUCACCUUCUUCAAAAUCACAAGGUAACAAUCUCUCUCUCUCAUAAAUAAGAAUGAUGUCUAUAGCUACAUCAAACUUCCUUUCUCGUUUCCGAUUCAUCGCCAAACACCAAUCUCUCCCUAUUCGAUCACCAGUUUCAAUCCCUUUCCAUUUCUCCCUCAAGAAACAACCGAUUCGUAGAUUUCGAUUUUUCUCAAUGGCUGCUUCGGAAUCAAAGGAGUCACCGGCUAACAACCCUGGUCUCCAUGCAACUGUGGAUGAAGCUACUAAGGGUUACUUCAUGCAACAAACUAUGUUCAGAAUCAAAGACCCCAAAGUUAGCCUUGAUUUUUAUUCUCGUGUUUUGGGCAUGUCUUUGCUUAAGAGAUUGGAUUUUCCUGAGAUGAAGUUCAGCUUGUACUUUAUGGGGUAUGAGGAUACAUCUGAAGCUCCAAGUAACUCGGUUGAUAGAACAGUUUGGACCUUUGCUCAAAAGGCUACGAUUGAAUUGACACAUAACUGGGGUACUGAAAGUGAUCCAGAGUUUAAAGGGUACCACAAUGGUAAUUCCGAUCCUCGUGGUUUUGGACACAUUGGCAUUACUGUUGAUGACACCUACAAAGCAUGUGAAAGAUUUCAGAAUCUAGGAGUUGAGUUUGUUAAGAAACCAGAGGAUGGGAAAAUGAAAGGGAUAGCAUUUAUUAAGGAUCCUGAUGGAUACUGGAUUGAAAUUUUUGACCGGAAAACAAUUGGAAAUGUAACAGGAAGUGCUGCUUAAGAUAAACCCCUUCAGUAAAACCAAAGAUGCAAGUGGAGCAAGCUCCCUAAAGUAAGUUGUCUUUAUUGAACAAGUUGUGUUAUCCCUUGGAUCAUUAGUAAGUUGACAUUAUAAUGUACUUUGUUAGAUUAAGGAUGGAAAAAAAUGAGUACUUACGUUUAAUUUAAACUUGGAAACCUCACGAUUUUCUAUUUUGAUGGAAACCCAAAACUACUACAAUAUUUCUCUCAAAAAACAGUAAACUGAUGCUAUAGAAUUUUCGCCAUAUCAUGGGAAGGGUUGUAUCCUUUUUUGGUCUAUUGCAAUCAACUUUAUUAGAACUAGGUUUGAACCCACCUUAAUCCUACAAAACCAUCUUGAAAGGUGAGGACUUCCCCCACUUAUAUAAGCACAUGUUUAGGCCCGUUCUCAUCCAAUGUGAGACCUCUUAACACACCCUCUCACAACCAGUUUUGAACAUCUGGAGCGUGAUCCGUUAAUGGUAACCUAAUAGGAGGUGGCCCACCAGAUCUUGAAUAGGCUUUGAUACUAGAUUAAAAUUUGAGUUGGGCCUAACUCAAACCUACAAAACCAGCUUGUACGGUGAGGGUCUCCACUUAUUAACACCUGUUGAGGUCUUAUCUCAUUCGAUCCAAUUUGAGACUCUUGACAAACCUUACCUUGUAUGUGCAAGAGAAUGUUUUCUGAACUACGAACCUGUGAUGUAUUUACAGGCCAGAAUUCCAACCAUUGUGCAAGUUUCUUAUAAAAUACUAUCCUCAACAGAAAAAGUUCAUUCUCUGGAAAAUAAGAUUAUAUAAACCUGUAGUGAUUGUUUUAUUGAUUUGUGUAAAAUAUUUUCUGUAACCAAGUAGGAGUGAGUCCAUUCUUUCUAGCUGGAAUGUCUUUGCCAUAUGCUAUAUAAUGAGUUAAAUGUACUUUGAAUCCAUAUAAAACACUGUUUUAGUUAAUCUUCUAUCAAAA